CCAUCUGCUUUUCCUCCCAUAAACAAGGUGACGUAGUGCAGAGUGCUGCCAGAGAGCCUCCUCGCCUGCUGCUGCUGGAUCCACAGCCUUUCUGCCAGCCUCCUCACCAGACGGUCUGUGACCUCCAGAUCAACAUCCAUCUAUCCACCCACUCCACUGGAGCAGCGCAGCUCCUCCAGACCCCUGGGCACCGGGACCACUCCUCUCACCUCCCUCCGUCACCAGCCCGCCACCACUCUCUAUCCUCUGUCCACCUGUCCUAGAGUACGCUCUCGCCCCUCACUGCCUAGCGCCCAACCCCACAGAGCCCAGCCAGUCCCAGCAUGGAUAAGGUGCAGCACACGAUGCGCUCGGCCAUCCGCAGAGCCUCCAUGGCGGUGGACGUGCCCCCCCAGGCCAGGCAGAACAUGCAGGAGCUCUUUGUCAACUUCAGCCUCAUCCUCAUCUGCCUGCUGCUCAUCUACAUCAUCGUGUUGUUGAUGUGAGGGCCGAGGAGGGGCCGGGAGGGGCCAGACCUCUGUAGCUGAACCAACAACCACCACAGCACAGCUACAGUGAGGGCUAAGCAGGGAGAUGUAAUCUGCAUCCAUCCAAUCAUCAAUCCAUCACUAGCCUUCCUGGGGAACCUUCCAGAAGACCCCCCCCCCCCUUCCCCUGGACUGAAGAGCUUUGCCCAGAAAUUGACCACUCUGCCUGGGGUAUCUGCAGCCUGAACCCAACCUCCUCCAUGUCGAGUGUCAUCAUGGAUCUGGUCAAUGACCGCGGCCUCAACCUGAUGCUCAACUUCCUGCUCAUCGUCAUCGUGCUGCUCCUCAUGCUUGUCCUGGUCAAGCUCAUGUAACCUCUGACAUCUGACCUCAUGGCUUACAGUAGUUAGGUUGAGCAAUUCCAGUCCCCAAGGGCCACAGGGUCUGAUGGGAGUCCCUCUACCUCUGAUUUGAUCAUAUAAAUACACCAUGGCUUUGACUAAUUACUAUUCAACAGUUGUUCAUCCACAGCAUCAAAUCACUGAAUAAAGGCUGCGAACCUGCUGGAUUAGAAUCCAAGAUCUUGAGCUGUUGGAGAGAAGAAAAGUCUGGGAUUCCGUGAGAUCGUAACAUGAGACGGCUAGAUUCAAAAUAUGACAGGAGGAUGAAGCUCCAUCCACCGAUGGUAGAGAAUGUAAAAAAUGUUGGCAUGGGAGAAUCAAUAGCAUGCCCUCCUUCCAUUUAGCUUGACCUCCCUCUAGUGGUAGAAUCACCUAACUGCACCACAUUUCAUUCUGGCCAAUGAUUUCUUUUUUAAGUAUGCCAUUUAGCAAACACUUUUAUCCAAAGUGACUAACAGUCAUUGGUGCAUACAUUUUACGUAUGGGUUUAUAUGAGCCAUAGAGAACAAGCUCUUUAAAGCUUUUACACUCACAGUCAGACUAUUAAGACCAAAGCACAAAACACGCAUGAUGCAACUGACAAAUGAAAUGGAACUGAAAAUGAUUAAACCUGCAAUAUGUAACUUUUUUGGCUGACCCUCCACAAUUCACAUAGAAAUGUGAGUUAUAGUUCUGUCAUUCUGAUCGAAAGCUAGUCUAAUCUGUUCCAUUUCUGUUCUAUUUCUAUGGUUCCAAUUUUUUGUCUUUUACUUUCUUUUUCAGUUUCAAACGGCUGAAAAUACUAUUUUAAAAUAUAUAUUUCACAGCGGUUUAGAUGGUACAAUGAUUCUCUACACUAUAUUUUCUUGUUUCGCCACAUAAACUGAAAUUAGGAAAACUAGUAUGCAAUCUUUAAAGGCCCAGUGUAUUCAAAAACGUGAUAAUCCUAUGUUUUAUAUAUAUAUAUUUCCACACAAUGAGGUUGGAAUUAUACUGUAGUAUUGUGAAAAUUAUGAUAAUGCCCAAAGCUGUUUGAAAGGAUUGCCUAAAAUUUCUGCCUGUUUUGGUGGGAUGGAGUUUUGGCCUUCUAUGAUGACAUCACCAUGGGGUAAAUUGGAUAAUAGACCAAUGAGAAAGAAGAGUUCCAAACCUCUCUGAAAAUAACAGCUCAUUUUCAGUUUCCCACUCCCCACUCCACUCCCAGACAGUCCUAGCAAAAUUCUUGCUUGAGAAAUGGCCCUUUCCUAAGAAGCAAUUGUUUUGUUUAUUUUUUACCAUUUUAAAUGAAAACAAUCACAAGUUAGGUGCUUAAUUGUUACCCAGAAAUGAUUUGAUGUUGAGAUAAAAACAGCUGCAUAUGACCUUUAAAGUUUUCAGUCCUUUCUGGUGCGAUAUCAUCUCUUUAUGCUGCACUCACAGAGUAACAGUUGAGUUAGGCCCUUUGGAGACGGUUGGCUUUUCAUCUUUUUGUGUCCAGUUGCUUUUGAACACAGUUUUUAGCAUAUUCACACUGGAUAGUAGAUAAGUACAACACAUUCUUCCCUCAAUAAAAAUGUGUAUGUAGUGUAAACUGUUCGGGGAGAGAUAUAAUAUUGUUAUUGCGAUAUCCUAACAUAAUUGUGUGCUGUAAAUGUUUUAGUGUCCAGUAGUAAGAGGCGACUCGUUUAUUUUUGGCAGAGUAAGACACAAACACA